AUGCUAUUCUGGAAGCUUUGUUUACUUUCUGUUUGGUUCAUAAUAGUUGGGGCCGAAAAAUAUACUGAAUCAUUGAACUUGAAGCCUUUACCACGGAAUAGUUUAUUAGCUACAUUUCAAUUUGAUGUCGAAUCAUUGCCAACAAAGCUAAAUUAUUACAAUGAAACUUUAGAAAAUGGUCAUAAAGCUAUAUCCGAUGGCACACAUUAUAAUUACUUCCCAAGAUCCUUAGGCCCAAUAAUUGAGUCAACAAAUACGAGAGAGUUACAUUUAAGAUUUACGCAGGGUUGGUGGGAUUCUGAGUUAUGGGGACGCUUACCCUUGAACGGUUUGAAAAGCGGUGGGACAGGAGUAGAAGUCUCAGCAGUUAUAGAAGCUCCAAAUCUAGACAUAGCUAAAAAAAACUGGAAUAAAUUAUCGAAUUCUUUGUCGGGAUUUUUCUGUGCAUCUUUAAAUUUUAUUGAUGAUACUAUCACAACUAGACCAAAGCAUCAUUCUAAUAAUAACGGCCACUUCAUCCUGGACCCAAGCAACAAAUUAUUUUAUUUGAGAGCUGCUCUUCCAAGUGAGCCAAUCUGUACCGAGAACUUAACUCCAUUUUUGAAACUUUUGCCUACUAGAGGAAAGGCAGGUAUUUCAUCGUUGUUAGAAGGUCACAGAGUAUUUGAUUCGUUGUGGCAUGGUAUGUCCAUCGACGUGAUUACAGAUUGUGAUGAGGCUGGUUCAACUUGCCAUCUAUCGAUGAAUCAAAGUGUGAAUUCAGUUAUUGACAUCAUGAGGUCGAUUCGUAAGAAGAAGGAAGGGAUUCCAAGGCCUACUCCAGGUGAAGAAUUGCGUUGUGAUGAUUCCAAAGUAUUUAACAUUUGGCAGUGCUUUCCACUUGGAGAUCCGACUAAUGUCACUUGGGACUUGGACACGGUCUUUGGUAGAACUAUUAAUGGGCCUGCUUUGAUUGGCGAUUCCAAGACAACAGCUAUCAAUAUUGAAAUUGAUUCAAACUUUUGGGAAGUAGACGUGAUAAAGUCAUCUGAAGAAUCCUCUGAUGUAUCAACUUUAUCUGCAUCGACAGAUUCCAAGUUCAUUCAGUACUUCGUAGAUGAACCAUUCAAAUACAAUAUCAAAUUCAUUUCUAGUGAUAGUCGAAAGACAGCUCCUAUAGAGACUCCACCAUUACAUGCGUAUCGUUCAUUAACAGGAUAUUCACAGGACCAAGGUGGGUUCCGUAUAGUUUUAUCCAACCCUUCUCCUACUAAAUCCAUUGAUUUUAUUUAUUUUGAAACAUUACCUUGGUACAUGAGAUUGUAUUUAAAUACAUUGACCAUGACAGUCAAAGAUGAGAGUGGAGUAAAUGAAAUCGACACAGAACAAUCAAAUUAUAUAAAAGAUCGCUACUAUAAACCUGCCAUUGAUAGAACGAGGCCAUCACAUUUGGAAUUUUCGGUCUCAUUACCAGCAAAUACAACUAUAACCUUAACAUAUCAAUUUGAUAAAUCGUUAUUAUUAUACGCAGAAUACCCACCAGAUGCAAAUCAUGGCUUCGCAAUUGAUCCGGCCGUUAUCACUGUAUUAGAUAAAGCAAAGAAUAGCAUUUAUGAGAUGCGUACCACUAGUCUAUUGUUAUAUUUGCCAACUCCCGAUUUUUCAAUGCCAUACAAUGUCAUCAUCUUGACUUGUACUGUGAUGUCUUUAGCUUUUGGUUCAAUAUUUAACUUAUUGACUAAGAAGGUUAUUACCGAACAAGAAUUUGAAAAAUUAGCGGCCAAUGGAAAAAUAAGUAUUAUUAUUAAUCGGAUAAAGGAUAAAAUAGGGACAAUUAAAACCCGCCGCUAA